UGCUCCCGUCCGCGCACAUUAACGGCCACGGGUACGGCCCCCCACAGCUGCUGCAGCCCUUUUUGCCCGUUCCCCCUCAGCGGUGCAGUCGGCGACCUUGCUGAGGAGGAACUCGAGGUUGAGGACGAAGAGGAGGACGAGGAUCAGCGGACGCUGUUUUGCGCCAAUCUGGACGAGCGCGUGACGGAGGAGAUCCUCUACGAGGUGUUUCUGCAAGCCGGUCCCAUAGAGGGAGUCCGGAUACCCACGGACAACACGGGGCGCCAACGAAGCUUUGGGUUUGUCACCUACCAGCGCUUGUGUGCGGUACCCUUUGCCUUGGAGCUUUACCAGGGCCUGGAGUUGUUUCAGAAGAAGAUCACCAUCAAGCAGCAGGGUGCUGACAGAGCCAAGCAGCCAACUUCCUUUAACCAGAAUCGCCUGCGCAACCCGUUCAUGAUGGAGGCGCCAUCACAGGCAUCGCCCCAGCGCCAUGCUCGGCACAGUUUGCACGGCGCCAAGCCCUACGACCGCAAUCCGUUUGGGAAGAACGGAGAGGUACGGCGCCGCAGUGACAGCUCUGUAAUGGACCGUAACCGACCAAUGAAGCAACCGCAGCAACAUCACCAGCACAUGCAGGGCGGCAGCCGGAGGUCGGACCAGCGCAACUACAGCAAAGGCAGGUUGCCUUAGAGCAUGAGAAAGAUUUUAAAUAGCUUCUAGGUGUAGCUUAAGAAAAAGAUUAAGAUAAAGUAAGGGUGUCGUCAUGUUCUAGUAUUUCCAAUGAAUGCAGUUACAAUUUCGA